AUGAGAAAACGAUUCGACAAACGCGCUCCCGUCGUCAAAUUCAACUGUUUCUUUAACAACAUCAUCACCAAAUCAAUGCGCCGCCGUGCCGGCUGGACCGAUGCCAAGGACCAAGAGGAGAAAAACAUCGACAUAUUCUGGGUGGACACGCUCUGGAUGCAUGAAAAAUUCGACACAAUCUACUUCGAAGAACAUAUGAGAGUGAAUCAUUUUCCACGAUUCUACGAACUAACGCGAAAAAACCUACUGGCUAAAAAUCUAAAACGAUUCAUCAAACUGAAAAAGUCUUCCAAAUCUCAAGACGUCGAGCUCCGCGACCAAAUCGACGAUAUCAUGAGCUUCUUCCCGACCACAUAUGAUCUCCCAGAUCAGUGGCACAUGUUCGUCGAGGAAUUCAAAAAGGAGCGAAGCCAAAAAGAAAACCGCGCAGACAAGCCAAUCUGGAUCAUGAAGCCCAUUUCUAAAUCGCAAGGAAGAGGGAUCUUCCUUUUCCGAGAUCUGAAAGACAUUCAGGAAUGGAAGCGCGACGGAAAGGAGAAAAAAGAGAACGCCGAGGAGGCCGAAACUUACAUUGUUCAGCGAUACAUCGAACGUCCCUUGCUCAUCGGAGGAAAGAAGUUUGACAUGCGCAUUUACGUCUUGGUCACUUCAUACGUUCCUCUGCGCGCUUGGGUGUACCGGGAGGGGUUCGUGCGAUUCAGUGGCACACGAUACUCGCUCGAUCAGAUCGAAGACACCUUCGUGCACUUGACCAACGUCGCGAUUCAGAAAACAGCGCCCGAUUACAAUCCCGAUCGUGGCGCAAAAUGGCCAUUGAUGAAUCUUCGUCGAUAUUUGGAGACAAGUCGAGGCAUUCAAGUUUCAAACACGGCUUUCCGAAAAAUCAACGAGAUGUUCUGGUAUUCGCUCCUCGCAGUUCAGGACAAGGUCAUCAACGACAAGCAUUGCUUCGAGCUCUACGGUUAUGACGUUCUCUUCGAUGAGGCACUCAAUGUGUGGCUGAUCGAAGUCAACGCUUCGCCAUCGUUCGCACAUUCCUCGGAAGAUGACAAGAUGCUCAAGCUGCGCGUACUCGACGACACAUUCAAUGUCGUCGACAUGGAGAAGAAGCUCAGCGGUACUGAGACAAGAAUCGGCGGCUUCGACCUUCUCACGGAAUCGCUGGAUUGCUACCUCGGCUGUGACAAUUCCGAUCGCGAGAUCCAACUCCGCCGUGUCUACCGCGAAGCAGACUCGCGAAAAGAGCGAGAAGCCAACGAGCAAGAAUGA